AGAAUGUGUAUUUGCAGUUUAAUACAUUUAAAUUACUCCGGGUUGCCUUCGGUUUUCACUUCACACUCACAGGGUUAUUUAAAACGGCGAUAUCGUGCCGGUUAUCCUGAGCUGCAGAGCUUCAGUCUGGGCUGUAACAUGAAGCUAGCUUCCCUGAGCUGCGCGGUGAUUCAGCUUUGACGACGGAGCUGCGUUUACACCUCACCUGCUCUCUUUAAAAUCCCCCCAAACACGGUGGGGAAUUACUUUGUUAUUAUUUGACUGCACGUAUUUUAACAACAUUAGCCCAGCUACGAGCUCUUUGUAGCCGCAUCUGCUGAAUUUAAAAAGGAGAUGCGUUAGUUUGUGGCAUCGCGGUGGUAAAGCAGCCGCGGAGGAAGGACCGUGUUUAACCGGUGAUAACGCUGUUAUUCUGCAAUAACAACAGCUUAUAUUUUUUGCAUUAUAGGUUGUAGAAAAUCACUGGAGCUACACACCCGCGUCUUGGCCUAUUAAUAACAUUUUAUAAGGAGAGGAGGCUGCUGGGAUCUUUUAGUAAGGCUGCCGGUAUCACCCUAAAGCUAUAUAGAUCACAGAAUGAAACUGUGAUUUAAUGAUCUAUUAGAUGAGGCCGUUCUUCAGCGCCACAGCAACGCUAGUGGUCUAUAAAGGUAUGUUUCAGUAAUUUUUUUUAAAAAUCUGGAUGACCGUAGCAUGUAUGUGGCUUACGAUCCCAAACAAGAAGCAAAUGGGACAGUGCAUUAGUUCCUCAAAGAUAAAGAUACAGUAAGCAGAAGUCAUGCACAACGCUGCUCCGGAAAUCGUGGCAGGAUACCCGAGUGGUAGCGUGGUGGAUAAAGAUGCCAAUCCGGAGACAACCUUGGGGAGCGCUUACUCUCCAGUGGACUACAUGAGCAUCACCAGCUUCCCCAGGUUGCCAGAGGAUGAUGUGAUGUCUGGGGAAAACACCCUGAAAUCACGCAAGGAUGAUGACAACGUACUGAGUGAGCAAGAUACAGACCCAGAUCUGUUUCUGAAGUCGGCUCGUCUCCAGCGCCUCCCCUCCUCAGCUUCAGACCUGGCUAGCCAUGAUACCGUGUCACUGCAAGAGACCAACAGAGACCCCUUUACAGAAGAAUGUGCCUGCCAGCGAGAUGGACUGACAGUCAUCAUCACAGCCUGUCUCACCUUUGCUACGGGAGUCACUGUGGCUCUCAUCAUGCAGAUCUACUUUGGAGACCCACAGGUCUUUAACCAAGGAGCAGUGGUGACAGAUGUGGCUCAGUGUACAUCUCUCGGCUUCGAUGUUCUUGGGAAGCAGGGGUCCAGUGUUGACGCCGCCAUCGCUGCUGCCCUGUGUUUGGGAAUUGUCCACCCUCACACCUCUGGUAUUGGAGGUGGUGGAGUUAUGUUGGUGCACAACAUCCGGAAAAAUGAGACAAGAGUCAUUGACUUCAGAGAGACAGCACCAUCAGCUAUCCACGAAGAGAUGCUGCUGACAGACCUUCAAAAUAAUACUGGCUUGCUGGUGGCGGUUCCUGGCAUGCUCAGUGGGAUGCAUCAGGCACACCAGCUCUAUGGCAGGAUCCCCUGGAAAGAUGUCGUUACUAUGGCAGCAGAUGUGGCCAGAAAUGGAUUUAACAUUACACUUGACUUGGCUGAAACUCUGGCAAAAGUUAAGAGCCAGAACAUGUCGGAAGCGUUUCGGGAUUUAUUCCUGCCCAACAACCAGGUUCCCCUCACCGGACAGUUCACCAGACGCCUCGAUUUAGCAGCCGUGUUGGAUGCUGUUGCUGUUAAAGGGAUAUCGGCGUUCUACAGUGGAGAUGUGGCCCAGGGAAUGGCAGCUGCAGUGCAAGAAAGAGGUGGAGUGCUCACAGAGGAAGAUAUUGGAAACUACAGCUCAGUCCUACAGAAGCCGGCAGAGAUCACCUAUCAGGGACACCACGUGUUGGCAGCCCCAGCUCCACAUGCAGGCAUCGCUUUGAUCACUGCACUGAACAUCCUUGAAGGGUACAACAUCACCAGCCAGAUGCCCAGAAAUGCCACCUACCACUGGAUUGCAGAGGCUGUGAAGAUAGCUUUGGGCCUUGCUAGUGAGCUGGGAGAUCCCAUGUAUGACUCCUCCAUCCUAGAGAUUGUUGCCAAGAUGCUGAGUAAAUCACAGGCUUCCCAAUUACGCCAGAUGAUCAGCGACUUUCAGGCAUUCCCCGUCCAGCAUUACACGACAACCUUUACCUUGGAGAAUGGUGCAGCAGCAGCCCAGGUCAUGGUCAUGGGCCCAGAUGACCACAUUGUGUCUGUAAUGAGCUCACUAAACAAACCAUUUGGCAGUGGGAUAGUGACUUCUUCAGGAAUCCUUUUGAAUAGCCAGAUUCUAGACUUCUCAUGGCCUAAUAAAACACAGAGCUCAUCACCUAACCCACAUAACAGCGUCCAGCCUGGUAAAAGACCCAUGUCCUUCCUGAUGCCCACAGCAGUGAGGCCAGCCGUGGGGUUAUGUGGCACAUAUGUAGCUGUUGGGUCAUCCAAUGGAGAGCAAGCUCUCAGUGGCAUAACGCAGGUGCUGAUGAAUGUUCUGUCGUCACGUAAAAACAUGAGUGACAGUUUAGCGUAUGGAAGACUCCACCCACAGCUGCAGCCCAACAUCCUCUUAGUGGACUCCAGGUUUUUAGAAGAGGACGUGAAGCUGCUGGAAGCCAAAGGUCACAGGGUUGAGAGGAGAGAUAUUCUGUCUUUGGUGGAGGGCACACGGCGAACCAAUGACCUCAUCAUUGGAGUGAAGGACCCCCGUAGUGCUGAUGCCUCUGCCCUUACUAUGUCCAAUAUGCCUUAGUGCAUCCGUCCAGUCAUACUUAUAUAUAAUGCCGAGAGGGUAAGACUAAUUCUGUAUGAUGCCUAACGAAGGAGUAAGAGGGCUGCUGAUCAGCUAAAAGUACUCGCUGCUCUCGCUGAGAUGACCUUGUAGGAAUCUGACAGGGAUCCUCUGAUUGCUAAUUUGUUAUCAUCACAAGAAUACUAAAAUGAUCACCAUCUUGCACAUAAAUUAUUCUUCCACAGCCUCAUGUAACAUUCAGUCAUGGUGUACAUAGUGUUGAAAAUAUGUGUCCAAACCCUUAUCUUUGGUGGCGUCAGUCUACAGCCUGCAUUAUCAAGAACAGAGUAAGGAAAUGCUAGGCAUGUUCAUAAAUGAAUGUGUGGUGCAUUCCAGGUCAGUGGUGAAAACAGUAAUCUUUAAAGGUGAAAUUGAAUUUGUUUAGCAGCUAGUUUGAACCUGGAUCAUUCAAGAGUGAGCAGUUUUAUAUAAAUGAAUGACUAAUUAAUUGCACGGCUGGGGAAGACAUGAAAGAAAUUACGCCACACCAUGAAGUCACCCACGGGUUUGCUUUUCAUUGUCUUGCACUACAUUUCACCGUUAAACCAAAUCACUCGUAAGAUCAAGUGGAGUGUUGAGGGUGAUUGUAUUUAUACCAGUGUCACACAUGAACAAGACUGUCCUGAACUGAACACAGAGGCUAAUGCUUUUACUCCCCUGCUUUUUACAUGAUGUAUAACUGUGAUUAGAUGUUGUUUGGUACAACUGCUGCAGCUUUAACACCAUGCAAACAAUCAGUGGCUCUCGGGACCAUUUUUAAGACUAACCAUCAACGUUAUAUGUUAUACAUAAAUGUGAUGAGACCAUCCUAUCUCAAUUGAUUUCCUUCAUCAAGAGGUAUUUGAUUCAGUUUAGCAGGUUUUAAAUAUCAUUUACUGGAAAUUAAGUGAAUUUAAAUAUGUAAUUUAAGAAAUUUGAGUUGUUGCAUGAUUUUGUUAUUAUUUUGAGCUUGUGAAGGGUUUUUUUGUUGUUUUUUUUUUUGUUUGGUUUUUUUUUUUGGAUCUAGGUACACUUGUCCUUAGAUUUGGAUUAAUCGGAUUCUUUAGAGGUGGAUUGAAUGCAAUGACUUUUUAUAUGAACAAAGCCAGCAGCUUUUUGUAAAGCACUGCACUUGAACACAAAAUGGCUUUGAUCUUUAAGUCCAGAACAGCCAGUGAUGACUAAUCAAAGUGGGCUUUUGACCUUAUUUUCUCCCUCACUAGUGCAAUAUGACUGUUGAUGCUUGUUUCCUGGACUGUAGAGUACCAUGCCUUAAGGCACACAUUUGCACAGUUUGAUGUUGCACCUGAUGUUUGAUUUGAUGUUUGCAUUUGUUGCUGAUUUUAACAAAAGCCAGCACUGUUCAGAAAUAAAAUGUUUGCACACAUCCUAAAUGCUAAA